UUCAGCAAUGAAAUUUUAAUUAAUGUGGGUGGGCCGAGCACACAACGACUGUUUAUCAUAGACAAUUUAUUUUCCAGCGCUAAGUCAACAUAUAAUAGCAAACUUACAACAAUUAUUUAACAUUUUUAAAGCCAUGAAGGGACAGAGCACGGAGCGGUCGGGGAGAGCUCCAGAGCCGGAGGCAGUCGCACCGCGGGCUCCCCGGGAGGGCCCGCGCGGCGCGGGGCGCCGUCCCUAAGCCGCUGGAUCGCCUGCGUCGCGGGGAGCGCAGCGCCGGCUGGGGCUCGCCAUGAGCCACCUCUUCGGUCCCCGGCUGCCCGCUCUGGCCGCCUCACCCAUGCUCUAUCUGUACGGCCCCGAGAGCCCCGGGCUGCCUCUGGCCUUCGCCCCCGCGGCUGCUCUGGCUGCCUCGGGCCGGGCGGAGCCGCCCCAGAAGCCGCCCUACAGCUACAUCGCGCUCAUAGCCAUGGCGAUCCAGGACGCGCCGGAGCAGAGGGUCACGCUGAACGGCAUCUACCAGUUCAUCAUGGACCGCUUCCCUUUCUACCACGACAACCGGCAGGGCUGGCAGAACAGCAUCCGCCACAACCUCUCGCUCAACGACUGCUUUGUCAAGGUGCCCCGCGAGAAGGGGCGGCCAGGCAAGGGCAGCUACUGGACGCUGGACCCUCGCUGCCUGGACAUGUUCGAGAACGGCAACUACCGGCGCCGGAAGAGGAAGCCCAAGCCAGGCCCCGGGACCCCGGAGGCCAAGCGGGCCCGCACCGAGACCCAGGAGCGCGGCUCAGAGAUACAGCCCCGGGCGGGAAGCAGGCCAGGGCGCCGAGGCCCCGCGACCCCCAGCCAGGAGGGAGCGCCCGUGCGCCCCUCGCCCCUGCGGGACGGCUCCUCUCCGCCCGAGCCCCUCCACCGGCCUGGGCCCGCGUCCCUGGAGGAGGAUGGGGGCGACGCUGUCCAGGGCGCAGCGGCCUUGGCCUUAGGCCAGCCAUCUCGCACGGCAGAUGGCCCCGGUUCCCCCCCACGCCCUGCUUCCCACGGCUCUCCGAAGAGCUCCGACAAGUCCAAGAGCUUCAGCAUAGACAGCAUCCUGGCCGGACGGCGUGGUCAGAAGCCGGCUGGAGGGGGCGAGCUCUUGGGGGGCGCCAAGCCUGGGGCCGGCAGCUGUUUGGGUGCCUCACUCGUGGCCCCCUCCUCAAGCCUCCGUCCGCCUUUCAAUGCUUCCCUGAUGCUCGACCCCCACGUCCAGGGCGGCUUUUACCAGCUCGGGAUCCCUUUCCUGUCCUAUUUCCCUUUGCAGCUUCCCGACACUGCGCUUCCCUUCCAGUAAGGCCGGCGGUGGCACCGGGUCCUUCCCCCCACUCUGGGCUGGGCUUGUGAGUCACCCAGGGUCCCAUCGCAGGGGAAAGAG